GUUUGGGCGUGUGGAGUGGCGAACAUGGGCGGUAUGACGGUGGUAGUGGUUUUCGACUUCGAUCGGACAAUAAUCAACGAUGACAGUGACAGAUGGGUGGUCACUGAAAUGGGUCUCACACCCCUUUUCAACCAACUUCGCUCCACCAUGCCUUGGACCUCUCUCAUGGACAGAAUGAUGGGGGAGCUCCAUUCUCAAGGGAUUAGCACCAACGACAUUGCAGAAUGCCUCAAAAGGGCUUUAUUGCAUCCAAACAUCAUUUCCGCUAUCAAAUCUGCUCACACUCUUGGGUGUGACUUGAGGGUAAUUAGUGACGCAAAUCUGUUUUCUAUUCAUACUAUUUUGGAACACCAUGGUGUAUUAGGGUGCUUUUCCCAGGUCUAUACAAAUCCAGCUUUUGUAGACAGUGAGGGACGCCUUCGUAUCACUCCAUUUCAUGAUUCCACUUUGUCUCCUCAUGCUUGUCGCCUUUGCCCUUCCAACAUGUGUAAGGGUUUAGUGAUUGACCAAAUCCGAGGUUCUUUACCUGAAAACACAAGAUUCAUCUACAUUGGAGAUGGAACAGGUGAUUAUUGCCCAACUUUGAAGCUGGAGGGAGGUGAUUUUGUGAUGCCAAGGAAGAAAUAUCCCCUCUGGAAUCGGAUUUGCAGUGACCCAAAACUAGUUGAUGCAAAAGUUCAUGAUUGGAGCAGUGGGGAGGAGUUGGAGAGCAUACUACUGAACCUUAUCAACAAAUUAGCUAUAGCUCCAGUCUCCAGAGGUAGCUAAAGGUGAGCGAUACGGGUUACACGCCCCUUCCCAAUAGGUAGGAAUGCUAGUUCCUUACAGGCCAAAUAAAGGAAAUUCUAGUUCAUUAAACUCGAAUGGUUGCUUUCAGAGGAUUUGGCUCUUCGGCCCAAGGUGCAUUCUCUCAGACAAUUCCUGUUCCUACUUCCUCUCCUGCAAAUAGCAAUUAUAGUAUUGAUCAUUGUUAUUGGAAGUCGAUUAGACAUGGGAGAGUACUCCUUUUUUAAAAAUAGAAAAAAAUAGGAUUUAGGUGUCAUUAACCAUAAAAGGGUGGGUGAAAUAUGUAAAGUGAGAUGUUGUAAAUAAUAUUGAUUUAGUUAUUAUUUAGUCAUUUAUUGUUGUAUUGGGCCAAGCCCUUUAGGUUAAAAGUAGGUCAAAUAUUCUCUAUAAAUAGAGAACCCUUUG